AUGAGACCUUCGGUGCGUAUCCACGAGCUGGUCGCAAACAUCAACUACUACGCGAAGCAACUGGGAUUGGAUCUGCUGGCGCCAAGGCUGAGGUUCGUCUUUCGCACCUGGAUCACAAUGUCUGCACCUGUGAGCUAUGUGAUAUUUGGUGUCUCCUGGGCGUUCCGCCAGACCCAACAGCAUUGGAUGGAUGGUCUGAAAGCCAGCAUCAUGUUGGGGGGUCUAAUCAAUGGGAGCACUGAGCUGCUUUCUGUCAUACAGAAUCAUUCGGCUAUGAGGAAUAUGAUGAACUACACCAUUGAAAUCUUUGCAGACUAUGAGAGUCGCGGUGCGGAAUAUUGUGCUGCUCUCAACUUUGGCGUUGAUCGGAUGCUGAAAAUAAGACGCAUCAUACGCAUUGGUUACUUUGUAUCAUUUUUCGUGAUGCUUGCGGUGCCCUGGGCGUUACUCUUAUACGAUGGCACACGCGUCACAGUCAUGCAGUACGAGAUUCCUGGUCUACUGCUAGAGAAUAAUGUUGGAUACACGCUCACAUAUUUGCAGCAUAUGAUUGUGGCUGUUGUGGGUGGUCUUGGCUUCUACACGGCCGAUUUGUUAGUACUGCUCGCCUUAGUUCAGAUUCUCACGUUCGCGCACAUUUUGCAAAUAAAAGCAAAUGUCCUGAAUGAUGCACUGAAUCGUAAGGAGCACUCGAGAUUUGAAGCUCAAGUGGGUGGCUAUGCUGAUAAUGGAAUACAAUCUCUUCUCUUAGAUUUAAUCCAGUGGCAUCAGUUGUUUACCGAUUACUGUCGGGAUAUCGAGAAUAUCUAUCACAAUAUGAUUGCCGCUCAAGUUCUCUCCUCUGCUAUCUCGAUUCUACUUUGCUUUUGCGUGAAUCUGAACGGUUUUCAUUUAAUAUCAACCAUCUACUUAUUCAUUAGCGCCUACUCAAUGUUGGUCUACUGUAUUGUGGGCUCACAAAUUGAAUAUGCUUACGAUCAAGUGUAUGACAGCCUGUGCAGCAUAAGCUGGCAGGAACUAAGAGCGGAUCAGCGCAAAUUAUUUGGCUUGAUGCUGAAGGAGGCGCAGAAUACGCAAACCAUGACAAUGAUCGGCAUUCUGCCACUGAGCAUGCGUACAGCCCUGCAGAUCACAAAGCUCAUAUACAGCAUAUCCAUGAUGAUGAUGCGGAAUCGCAACUAG